AUGGAUGUCUCUGCUGACUGCUUGUGGAACUCACAACACAAGAACGCUGAACUGGUCACUAACGUUUAUGCAACUAUGGGAAUGUGGGAUCGGUUAAGUGAAGAAGCUGCUAAGAAGUUAGGGACAAAAGAAUCUGGCUUGAGCUGGAACAAUAUUGCUUGA